GCCAGCCGGCUGGCUUGGCCCGCUGGACGCAUGCGCGCUCGCGACUGGUUUGUGGGUGAAGGCCGAGCGCUUCCGGCUGCCGCCGAGACACAAGCCACUAGCGCGACCGCGGAGGAGUAACCAGAGCAACGGUAGACCGCGCACCGCAAGCAUGUCGCCGAGAACCGCUGCCGUCGCCUGCCUUGCGCUGUACGCCCUCGCAGUCGGGUCCAAUGCUCAAGUCAACGACGACCCGACACGGAAGUGCCUCAACUGCAUCUGCUACGCCAGCACCAAGUGCAACACGCAAAUUGGCUGCACCAACGGCGGCCCCAACUCGUACUUCUGCGGACCCUACCAGAUCUCGCACGCCUACUGGAUCGACGCUGGAAAGCCUGGGAACUUUGACCACUUCGAGAAGUGCCUGAAGGAUCAGGUUUGCGCCGAGACAGCGGUGGUCAACUACAUGAACAAGUGGGGCACCGACUGCGACGGCGACGGCCAGGUCACGUGCUACGACUACGCACGCAUGCACAAGGCCGGCCGCUCGGGUUGCUCGGCGGCCUCGUGGGUGGACGCGACAGACUACUGGGCCCAGUUCCAGGAGUGCUACGGCCCGUCGCCGUCCCCGCAGGGACUCGGACCCGGUGACGACUCCGGCAUCAGCGGCCUCGAUGCCCGCACCAACAAACGCAACUAGGCCUAGCGCCCGACAUAUUGCUCGUGACGUCGUCAGCUUCAAUGGACGAUUUGACUCGCCGCAGCUUACGGACUCUUUGCACUGUUCUCGAUUAGUUAACCAGGUAGGAACUCGGUCAGUCCAGGGGUUUCAUACUCAACUCGUGUGCCAGGCCACUUACGCAUCUGAUAGGUUCCCGUGGAGGGAAAUAAGGGGGGCGGCCUUAGACACAAGUGGGCCACGUAGGUCGCACAGGUCUUCGAGGGCUACAUAGGACCCGCACGCUACGUGUUGGAGCCACCAUUUUGAGUAUAAUGUUAUGGUCCUAUACGAGACACUUUCUAGCGAGAAUAUAGGCAAGGCGUCUGGUGCUCAAAUAUAUCGCCUAGAAAUAUUCCUAACUUAUUCCUAAAGUAUUGCUUCAGUGCGCAAGAAAAAAAAAACGCGAGAAGUUUCGAUGCUGGUCCGCCAGCUGGCUCUGCUGCAUGGCGUUACGAACAAAUGAGCGAAGACGUGUGGGGCGGCACAGCAUAUAUGUCCAACGCGAAUACGUCUGGUCGUUCGUGAAUAAUGUACAAAAUAGCCCCGCCAUCAUGGUGGAUGGUAUCCUAGCGGCAACUUUGGAAUCAUUGCAGAAUUCCUGCUUUCUGCUGGUUUGCCGAAUUAUCGCAGGGUUGUUUGUGAAACAACAGGUUGUGAAGGUCACUCAUUACUCCGGCAGCUGCAAGGGCAGCUGCAAGGGGACAUGCUGCUCAGCGUAUACUAACGACCUUUUUUGUGUGUGUCGCGCGACUCACUGAAGGUUGCACUUGUCGUUGGUAACUUCGCAGCCAGCGUUGAGGCGCGGUGGCAAAAAGCUGUGACGUGGAAAUGCGUGGUUGUGUGAACCAGAAUCUGUCGUUGACAGAGGGGGUCGGUUUCAAAUUUUCGCGUGCUGCGCUACCCCGAAGGCGGAUGAAAGUGCCCUUGUAAAAAGAAAGUAAAGACAUUGUUUGGUUU